AUGGAGCGCGCCACCCGCCGCGGGCCGCGGGCGCUGCUGCCGCUGCUGCUGCUGGGCUUGGCGGCGGGCUUGGCGGCGGCGGCGGGGCGCGCCCGCGCUCUGCCCGCGCCCACGGCCGACGCGGCGUUCGGCCUGGGAGCCGCGGCCGCCCCGACCUCGGCCGUGCGGGUGCCGGCGGCGGGUGCCGUGGCCGCGGCCGAAGUGACGGUGGAGGACGCCGAGGCGUUACCGGCCGCUGCGGGCGAAGCGGAACCGCUGGGACCCGAGCCCGACGACGGCGAUGACGCGGAGCUGAGGCCGCGCGGCAGGUCCUUGGUAAUUAUCAGCACUUUAGAUGGACGGAUUGCUGCAUUGGAUGCUGAGAAUCGUGGUAAAAAGCAGUGGGACUUGGACGUGGGAUCUGGUUCCUUGGUUUCAUCUAGUCUCAGCAAACCGGAGGUAUUUGGGAAUAAGAUGAUCAUUCCGUCCCUGGAUGGAGACCUCUUUCAGUGGGACCGUGACCGGGAGAGCAUGGAAACUGUUCCUUUCACCGUGGAAUCCCUUCUUGAAUCUUCAUAUAAAUUUGGAGAUGAUGUUGUUUUGGUUGGAGGAAAAUCUCUCACUACAUAUGGACUCAGUGCAUGUACUGGAAAGGUGAGGUAUAUCUGUUCUGCCUUGGGGUGUCGCCGGUGGGAUAGUGAUGAAAUGGAAGAAGAGGAAGAUAUCCUGCUUCUGCAACGCACCCAAAAAACUGUUAGAGCUGUUGGACCUCGUAGUGGCAAUGAAAAGUGGAAUUUCAGUGUUGGCCACUUUGAACUUCGGUAUAUUCCAGACAUGGAAACUAGAGCCGGAUUUAUUGAAAGCGCCUUUAGACCCAGUGGAAACAAAGAAGAGUCUAAAAUUAUUUCCGAUGUGGAAGAACAGGAAGCCACCAUGCUGGACACAGUAAUAAAAGUUUCGGUUGCUGAUUGGAAGGUUAUGGCGUUUAGUAAGAAGGGCGGACAUCUGGAAUGGGAGUACCAGUUUUGUACUCCAAUUGCAUCUGCCUGGUUGGUUAGGAAUGGCAAAGUCAUCCCCAUCAGUCUUUUUGACGAUACAAGUUAUGCACCUAAUGAGGAGGUGUUGGAAGAUGAAGAAGACAUUGUGGAAGCUGCCCGAGGAGCCACAGAGAGCAGUGUGUACUUGGGAAUGUACAGAGGCCAGUUAUAUCUGCAAUCAUCGGUCAGAAUAUCAGAAAAGUUUCCCACAAGUCCCAAGGCCUUGGAAUCUGUCAAUAAUGAAAAUGCAAUUAUUCCUUUGCCAACAAUCAAAUGGAAGCCCUUAAUUCAUUCUCCUUCCAGAACUCCUGUCUUAGUAGGGUCUGAUGAAUUUGACAAAUGUCUAAGUAAUGACAAGUUUUCUCAUGAAGAAUACAGUAAUGGUGCACUUUCAAUCUUACAGUAUCCAUAUGAUAAUGGUUAUUAUCUGCCAUAUUACAAGAGAGAAAGGAACAAACGGAGCACCCAGAUCACAGUCCGAUUCCUGGACAACCCGAAUUACAAUAAGAAUAUCCGCAAAAAGGAUCCUGUUCUUCUCUUGCACUGGUGGAAGGAAAUAUUUGGAACAAUUUUGUUUUGUAUUGUAGCAACAACUUUUAUCGUACGCAGACUUUUCCAUCCUCAGCCUCACAGACAAAGGAAGGAAUCUGAAACUCAGUGUCAGACUGAAAAUAAGUAUGAUUCUGUAAGUGGCGAAACCAGUGACAACAGCUGGAAUGACAUAAAGAACUCAGGAUAUGUAUCACGCUAUCUAACAGAUUUUGAGCCAAUUCAGUGCCUGGGUCGUGGUGGCUUUGGAGUUGUGUUUGAAGCUAGAAAUAAAGUCGAUGACUGCAACUACGCUAUCAAGAGGAUCCGCCUCCCCAAUCGGGAGCUGGCUCGGGAAAAGGUAAUGCGAGAAGUCAAAGCCUUGGCCAAGCUGGAGCACCCAGGCAUUGUUAGGUAUUUCAACGCCUGGCUGGAAGCACCACCAGAGAAGUGGCAAGAAAAGAUGGAUGAAAUUUGGCUGAAAGAUGAAAGCACAGACUGGCCUCUCAGCUCUCCUAGCCCAGUGGAGGCGCCAUCUGUUAAAAUUCGCAGAAUGGAUCCUUAUUCUGUAAAAGAACAUAUUGAAAUCAUAGCUCCUUCACCUCAAGGAAGUAGAUCUUUUUCAGUGGGAAUUUCCUGUGGCCAGACAAGUUCAUCCGAGAGCCAGUUCUCUCCACUGGAAUUCUCCAGAACAGACCAUGGGGACGGCAGUGGCUCAGUGGAUGCAUCACACAAGCUUCAGGACAGUUGCCUGACAGAGUACGAUGUGGAAGAAGAUGGUACUAUGGAUGGCAAGGAUAAGGGACACUCCUUUGAACUUUGUCCUUCUGAAGCAUCACCCAAUAUCAGGUCAAGGGAGAGAACUUCCUCUUCCAUUGUGUUUGAAGACUCUGGCUGUGACAAUGCAUCCAGUAAAGAAGAGCCCAAAACUAACGGACUGCACAAUGGCAACCAUUAUGCUAACAAGCUAGCUGAUUUCAAGUACUCCAGCAGCCUGUCUUCCUCUGAAGCCACUUUGUCUAUUUCUCCUCCAAGACCAACCACUUUAAGUUUAGAUCUCACUAAGAACACUACGGAGCAGCUGCAGCCCAGCUCACCAAAGGUCUAUCUGUACAUUCAGAUGCAGCUGUGCAGAAAGGAGAACCUCAAAGACUGGAUGAACCGUCGGUGCACCAUCGAGGAGAGACAGCAGAGCGUGUGUCUGCACAUCUUCCUGCAGAUUGCAGAGGCGGUGGAGUUUCUGCACAGUAAAGGACUCAUGCACAGGGACCUCAAGCCUUCCAACAUAUUUUUUACAGUGGAUGAUGUGGUCAAGGUUGGGGACUUUGGACUGGUGACUGCAAUGGACCAGGAUGAAGAGGAGCAGAUGGUUCUGACCCCAAUGCCUGCUUAUGCCACACACACAGGACAAGUAGGGACCAAGCUAUACAUGAGUCCAGAGCAGAUUCAUGGAAACAACUACUCUCAUAAAGUGGACAUUUUUUCUUUGGGCCUGAUUCUGUUUGAACUGUUAUAUCCAUUCAGCACUCAGAUGGAACGAGUCAGGACCUUAACUGAUGUAAGAAAUCUCAAAUUUCCACUACUGUUUACUCAGAAAUAUCCUUGUGAGUAUAUGAUGGUUCAAGACAUGCUUUCUCCAUCCCCCAUGGAGCGGCCUGAAGCCACAGACAUCAUUGAAAAUGCUGUGUUUGAGGACUUGGAGAUUCCUGGAAAAACAAUACUCAGACAGCGGUCCCGCUCCUUGAGUUCAUCAGGAAACAAGCACUCCAGACAGUCCAGCAGCUCCCACAGCCCACCGUCCAGCAGCUAGCUGGUUACCUGGCAUGUGACCUUGUAGGGGUGUGGCCUUCCACAGUGGGAAGUUGGAUGCCUUCAUACAGCUUAUUUUGGACUGAGUUUUCUAAGUUAAACUGGGUUUUAGGUCCUAACCUACCUUGAUUUUCACAGUCCUUAAAGGAGAGUGCUGUCUACAUGGCACGUGGUCUUGCCUGUGCUGGGCGAGCUGGCUAAGCUUUGUGGCUCUCACCUUUUGCCUAAGAAGUAGAAGCAAUCCCUAAAAUACAGAGAUUUAAAGUGGAAUAUUUUUAUAGUACAGAAAAAUGAAAAACCUCCCAUGUGGUAACUAUGAUGUUCUAGAAGUGUUUUCUAGAGAUACAGUGAUUUUGAAACUGACUUCUGAAAAGGCCGACUCGUCUUUGUCCCUGGUGGGUAAGGAGAGUCUGCGCUAUUUUGAAGGACAAGUAGCACAAAUUCUAAGGCGGUUUAUGUCUAGUUUUCUAGUCCUCUUUGUAGCAUUAACUAGCUUUAUUCCUUAGGUGGGUCUAGGGAGAGUUUAGGAGCUUUUUGUACUUCCAAUAAAGGGAAAAUGAAACUUUUUAGGUAAAUUGGGCAAAACUUCUGGUUUGGGAAGAAAAAAAACAGUAAAAACUGGAUCAUCUAUUACAACUAAUUUUUGUCAAUUAAUGGACUUUUUAACCUAAUAAAAUACUGUGUCUUAGUAUGUAAUACUCUAGGUUGAUACAUCCUCCAGACUGAUUAUAGAUAAACGUAAUCAUCUCAGUUGCUAACAAGUUUUUUAUUUUUCCCUGUAAAUAUGUUUAUUUUUAUUUAUAUAAAUCCUGAAAUCAAUCCAUUUGGGUUGGUGGUGUACAGAACGCACAUAAGUGUGUUAACUAUUGUGACUUCUUUCAAGUCUAAAUGAUUUAAUAAAACUUUUUUAAAUUA